GGAGGAGGAGAAGGAGGAGGGACUCCGCAGCGGCAACAACUGACGUGUCCCCACCAUGGAGCUCGGCGUGAUUCAUCAGCAGCGGCUGCGGGGCGGCGGCGGGGCUGCGCGCACCCUCCCCGUGUAGGCACCGGCUCCGUUCCGCCGCCGCCUCCGAGCCCGCCGCUCCUCGGGCUCCGCGGCCACCCCGGGGGCGGCAAGAUGGAAGAAAUCCUGCGCAAGCUGCAGAAGGAGGCGUCGGGCAGCAAGCACAGGGCCAUCAAGGAGAGCUGCACCUGGGCCAUCGAAACCUUGGAUUCUCCUGAUGCUGCUAUCAAGAUCCCUCCAUAUCAGCUAAGGGAGAAGUGUCUCCUUCCUCUCCAACUGGCUUUGGAAUCAAAGAGCAUGAAGCUGGCCCAACAGGCUCUAGCAGGGAUGCAGAAGCUGCUGUCUGAUGAGAGGUUUGUAUCCUUGGAAACAGACUCGGAUGAGAAACAGUUGCUUAAUCAGAUCCUGAAUGCCGUCAAAGUGACUCCUGCGCUCAAUGAAGACCUGCAGGUUGAAGUGAUGAAGGUCUUGCUCUGUAUAACAUAUACCUCCACAUUUGAGCUGAAUGGGAGUUCAGUGUUGAAGAUUGCUGAGUUGUGUUUUGCAUGCCAUAGAGCUGGAAGUCCCCGAAUGCAUGAAACGAUCAAAAUGUCCAUUGCACACCUUCUUGGGGCCCUGAAUUGUCGCAUUUUUACUGAUGCUUCUUCGUCAGUGGCUUUUCAAAAGGUUUGCAUUGAGACAUAUGUAUCUAGCUGUCACCAGCGGAGCAUUAACACCGCUGUGCGGGCAACCCUCAGCCAAAUGUUGAGUGACUUGACUUUACAGUUACGGCAAAAGCAAGAAAAUAUGACAAUUGAAAACCAUGACACCUUGCAGAAAUUCAAGACUCAAGGUACUUCAACUGAGUCUCUUUGUGAUGAUGUUGUAUCUGUCCUCACUGUGCUCUGUGAGAAGCUCCAGGCUGUCAUAAAUGACAAUCGGCAACUUCAGCUUCUUUACUUAGAGUGCAUCCUCUCCAUGUUAAACAGCUCCUCUCCCAGCAUGCACCAGCACAAAGGAUUCACUGAUCUAAUAUGGAAGCAACUGUGUCCAGCCCUAGUAGUAAUCCUGGGGAAUCCAAUCCAUGACAAAACUAUCACCUCUGCCCACAGCAGCAUCUGCCUUGAGGCUGAUUCACCUUCCUCAGGGAUCUCUGAUCAUGGCCGGGGUUCGGGUUGUUCCUCAACAGCACCUGCUCUUAGUGGGCCCGUUGCACGGACCAUUUAUUAUAUUGCAGCAGAACUGGUUCGACUGGUGGGGUCAGUGGAAUCCAUGAAGCCUGUGCUGCAGUCUCUUUAUCACCGGAUAUUGCUUUACCCACCACCUCAGCACCGAGUAGAAGCCAUCAAAAUUAUGAAAGAGAUACUUGGCAGUCCUCAGCGGCUUUGUGAUUUGGCAGGACCCUGCUCUUCUGAGUCAGAAUCCAGGAAGAGGUCUAUUUCUAAAAGGAGGUCUCAUCUGGAUCUUCUCAAGCUUAUCAUGGAUGGGAUGACAGAAGCGUGCAUCAAAGGUGGUAUUGAAGCAUGUUAUGCUUCAGUGUCCUGUGUCUUUGCCCUACUUGGAGCAUUAGAUGAGCUGAGCCAAGGGAGAGGUCUCAGUGAAGAGCAGAUCCAGCUGCUACUUUCACAUUCAGAAGAACUGAAAGAUGGGACCGAGACAAGCAGAGACUCCAUGGAGAUCAAUGAGGCUGACUUUAGGUGGCAGAGGCGCAUCCUGUCCUCAGAAAAUCCUGCUUGGGAAUCAGGAAAUGAGAAGAGUCCUGAUAUUAGCAUUAGUGUUACCACAGACACUGGUCAGACCACUUUGGAAGGGGAUAUGGGACAGACAACGCCAGAGGAUAAUCCAGAAAGUCAAAAAAACUCACUGCCAUCUCCAGCUGUGCACGAAAGCAAAGAGAUUCAUUAUAGAGAACCAGAGUCAGAAACCAUUGACCAGCCAGAUGUUGUUCAGAGAAGCCACACCAUAGUCUAUCCGGAUAUAACUAACUUCUUGUCAGUUGAUUGCAAGACUCGGUCUUAUGGAUCCAGAUACAGUGAAAGUAACUUCAGUGUAGAUGACCAGGACCUUUCUAGAACCGAGUUUGAUUCAUGUGAUCAAUAUUCCAUGGCAGCAGAGAAGGAUUCAGGCAGGUCAGAUGUCUCAGACAUAGGCUCUGACAAUUGCUCUCUGGCUGAUGAGGAGCAGACACCACGGGAUUGUCCAGGUCACAGGUCCUUACGUACUGCUGCUCUCUCUCUGAAACUGCUGAAAACUCAAGAAGCAGACCAGCACAGUGCACGGCUGUUUGUCCAGUCACUUGAAGCCCUUCUUCCUCGGCUUAUAGCUCUUCCCAGCAUAGAGGAGGUGGAUGGAGCACUUCAGAGCUUCUCUUCAACGUUCUGCUCAGUUACUCACCUUAUCCACGCCCCCAAAGUGACGACAGUGGAAAGUCCGAGAAGGCAGCAGCACAGAGCUUUCAAACCCUCACGAGGUAUGAUGCACUCACCAGGAUUUGAGGGAAACCUCAGUUUCAGCUUCCAGACUCUGAUGAAUGCAGACAGUCUAUACAUGGUCUCACAUUACACUCUGCUGCUCAACCUAAAACUGGCCAACUCUGAUUACUACAGGAAGAAGCCUGCUCAAGACCCCAUGUUGCUGAAGGAUUUCAUGAAGCAGGUUCAGUCCAGUGGAGUGUUGAUGGUAUUUUCCCAGGCCUGGGUUGAAGAACUGUACCACCAGGUACUGGAAAGGAACAUGCUGGGGGAAGCUGGAUACUGGGGAAGCCCUGAAGAGCACAGCCUUCCUCUUAUCACCAUGUUAACUGACAUCGAUGGCUUGGGAAGCAGUGCAAUUGGUGGCCAAUUGAUGGCAUCUGCUUCAGCUCAGUCUCCUCUUUCCCAAAACCGGAAAACAGAUGAUUCUGUUGUUGCAGGGGUUGCUUUUGCCCGAUACCUCUUAAUCGGCUGUUGGAAGAACUUGAUUGACACUUUGUCCACACCACUGACUGGCCGUAUGGCAGGCAGCUCCAAGGGGCUGGCCUUCAUCUUGGGAGCAGAAGGAGCCAAGGAGCAGAACCAAAAGGAGAAAGACUCCAUCUGUGUGAGCCUGGAUGGACUGAGGAGGGCAGCCCGGCUAAGCUGUGCUCUAGGAGUUGCUGCUAACUGUGCAUCUGCUCUUGCCCAAAUGGCUGCUGCCUCCUGCGUCCAGGAAGAGAAAGAGGAAAAGGAAAUCCAAGAGCCCAGUGAUACUAUAGCUCAAGUGAAACAGAAAGUGGAGCAGAAACUGGAGCAGAUGGGGAAAGUGCAGGGAGUCUGCCUGCACACUGCUCAUCUUUUGUGUAUGGAUGCAGUCCUUAAUGUGGGCCUGGAGAUGGGCAGCCAUAAUCAGGACUGUUGGCCUCAUGUGUUCAGGGUCUGUGAGUACAUCAGCACGCUGGAGCACACCCACUUCAGUGAUGGUACUUCCCAACCAUCCCUUACCAUCACCCAGUCACAGCAGGCACCUGGAGGGCUGCACCUAGACUCUCUGCCUGGGGAUUCUCCCCAGGCACUGAUUGCUGAGCAGGAGACCACUCUCAGCAGCAAUCCUGUCAUUCAGCCAGUUUCUAUCCAGGAACUCAUCAAGGAGAGCAGUAAGGGCAGAGCUUUUGACUUCCGUGGGGGCAGCCUGCUGUGUGGGACCAGUGCUGCCAAGGCUGUUCUCACACUCUCCACGCAAGCUGACAGACUCUUUGAAGAUGCUACUGACAAGUUAAACUUGAUGGCGCUGGCAGGCUUCCUUUACCAGCUCAAGAAGGCUUCUCAGGCCCAGCUUUUCCAUUCAGUGACAGAUACAGUUGAUUACUCGCUAGCCAUGCCAGGUGAAGUAAAAUCUACCCAGGACAGGAGAAGUGCGCUUCAUUUAUUCCGACUUGGUGAUGCCAUGCUCAGAAUUGUAAGGAGUAAAUCUCGCCCACUGCUGCACGUCAUGCGCUGCUGGAGCCUGGUGGCACCUCACCUUGUAGAGGCUGCCUGUCAUAAGGAGCGACACGUGUCUCGGAAGGCUGUUUCCUUCAUCCAUGACAUCCUCACUGAAGUGCUGACCAACUGGAAUGAACCUUCUCAUUUUCACUUUAAUGAGGCGCUAUUCCGCCCCUUUGAGCGUAUCAUGCAGCUGGAGCUGUGUGAUGAAGAUGUCCAAGACCAGGUGGUCACCUCUAUAGGAGAGUUGGUGGAAAUGUGUUCUACCCAGAUCCAGUCAGGAUGGAGACCCCUAUUCAGUGCCCUGGAAACAGUGCACAGCAGCAGCAAGUCAGAAGUUAAAGAGUACCUUGUAGGAGAAUACUCUAUGGGGAAACGCCAGGCUCCAGUUUUUGACGUCUUUGAAGCAUUUCUAAACACAGACAGCAUCCAGGUCUUUGCCAAUGCUGCCACCAGUUAUAUUAUGUGCCUUAUGAAGUUUGUCAAAGGACUGGGGGAAGUAGAUUGUAAGGAGAUGGGUGACUGUGUGCCAGGAUCAGGAUCUGCAUCCACAGACUUGUGCCUUCCCGCGCUUGAUUACCUCAGGAGAUGUUCUCAGUUGUUAGCCAAAAUCUAUAAAAUGCCCUUGAAACCCAUCUUCCUCAGUGGCCGGCUGGUUAACUUGCCCCGAAGAGUACAGGAACAGUCAGCCAGCAGUGAGGAUGGUAUUGAGUGCAUCCUUUCUGACUUCGAUGACGACACUGGCCUUAUCAAUGUCUGGAUUAUUCUGCUGGAAGAAUUAACAACUGCUAUAUCCAACUGUCCCCGCCAGCACCAGCCUCCUACUUUGGAUCUGCUCUUUGAAUUGCUGAGGGACGUUGCCAAGACACCUGGGCCAGGAUUUGGCAUUUAUGCAGUUGUACAUCUUCUUCUACCCACGAUGUCUCUUUGGCUCCAUCGCAGCCAUGGUGACCAUUCUUACUGGGAUGUGGCAUCAGCUAAUUUCAAGCAUGCCAUUGGCCUUUCCUGUGAACUUGUAGUGGAGCACAUUCAAAAUUUCAUACAUUCAGAUAUUGGUUAUGAAAAUAUGAUCAAUACUAUGCUGAAAGAUCUUUUCAAGUUGCUGGUAGCCUGUGUAGCAGAACCAACAGAAAUUAUUUCCAGAGUUGGCUGCUCUUGUAUCAGGUAUGUGUUAGUGACAGCAGGGCCUGUUUUUACUGAAGAGAUGUGGAGGCUUGCAUGUUGUGCCUUGCAGGACGCAUUCUCUGCCACUCUGGAACCAGUAAAGAACCUGUUGGGCUAUUUCCACAGUGGUUCUGAAAGCUUUAGUGGAGAUGCCUGUGAAGUGAAAGUGGCAGCCCCCUCCCUGUCACCAAGCGCUGAAGCUGAAUACUGGAGAAUCAGAGCCAUGGCACAACAGGUCUUCAUGCUGGAGACACAGUGCUCCCCAAAGACCCCUAGCAACAAGGAAGGGUUUGAACAUGCCCAGUCCUGCGUGCUCAUCAUUGACCUACCACCAGAUAAGAAACCAAAUGGGCAUACACAGAGAAGUAUUCCUUUCAGGACAAUAGUGGUGAGCUUACUGUCCCACCAAGUGCUGCUCCAAAAUUUAUAUGACAUCUUACUGGAAGAAUUUGUGAAAGGCCCUUCUAACUUGGAGGAGAAAAUGACAAUACAAGUACCAGAAAACAAGUUGGCUGGUUUUCUCAGGUACAUCUCCAUGCAAAAUCUGGCUAUCAUCUUUGACUUACUACUGGACUCCUAUAGAACAGCCAGAGAGUUUGACACCAGACCUGGGUUGAAGUGUUUGCUGAAAAAAGUUUCUGGCAUUAGUGGGGCUGCCAAUUUGUAUCGCCAGUCAGCAAUGAGCUUCAACAUCUACUUCCAUGCUUUGAUUUGUGCAAUCCUGACAAACCAGGAGAACAUCACUGCAGACCAAGUGAAGAAGAUCCUCUUUGAAGAUGAUGAGAGAAGCACAGACUCAUCACAGCAAUGUUCUUCAGAAGAUGAAGACAUUUUUGAAGAAACUGCCCAGGUCAGCCCCCCACGAGGGAAGGAGAAAAGACAGUGGAGGGCUCGAAUACCAUCUCUGAGUGUACAGCCCAUCAGUAAUGCAGACUGGGGAUGGCUAAUCAAGCGACUUCAUAAGCUCUGUAUGGAACUGUGCAACAAUUAUAUCCAGAUGUAUCUGGACCUGGAGAAUAACGUAGAAGAGCCCCCAGUAUUCAAAGGUGACUCUUUCUUCAUUUUACCAUCCUUUCACUCAGAAACCUCCACCCCAUCCACCAGCGGGCAAUCUGGGAAGGACACACCAUCGGAAGAUGACCGGAGUCAAAUUAGGGACCAGUUGGGAGACAGCCUGACACCCCGAGGUGGGAGUGGAGAAAUGUUGCUGCUGCCCCCACCUCUGAGUCCUAAACCAGAGAAAAAAGAACAAACCAGAAAAAAAGAAUGGUGGGAGAGUGCUGGCAACAAAAUCUACACCAUAGCCACUGACAAAACUAUCUCCAAGCUCAUGACAGAAUACAAGAAAAGAAAGCAGCAACAGGCCAUGACGUCCUUCACCAAAGAGAUCAAAGUGGAAAAGAAAGGGGAGCUCCUGAGUUCAAGAGGGCCGGACUCGCCCAUACUCCAGCGGCCACAACAUCUUAUAGAUCAAGGUCAAAUGAGGCAUUCAUUCAGUGCUGGUCCAGAAAUCCUGAGGCAAGAAAAGAGACCACGGUCAGGAUCUACAGUCAGCUCCCUGAAUAUAUCUGUUAGGGAUUCUGAGGCCCAGAUACAGGCAUGGACCAACAUGGUGCUGACAGUUCUCAACCAGAUUCAGGCCCUGCCAGACCAAACUUUCACAGCCCUACAGCCAGCGGUGUUCCCCUGUAUCAGCCAGCUGACCUGCCAUGUGACAGAUAUCCGUGUUCGCCAGGCAGUACGGGAAUGGCUAGGAAGAGUGGGUCGAGUUUAUGAUAUCAUCGUUUAAGCCUAGCUGUGCUCUUUUGCAAAGGGGAGAAGACAUCCAAGGUGUACAGCAAAAAAAGUAUUUGGGGUUCAAUAAUUGCCUGUUUGUCAGUGAUAAAUUAAGGAAUUAUGAGCUUGUUGAUGUAUAUCCCCUAUCCACUUGAGACUGUGCAUCCCUCACUCACACUAGCAAAGAAGGCAAAGCAUGAAUGUGUCCAGGGGAGUCUGAAAUGGCCAGAAACUGCCAGUAAAUCAGUCUGGUACCUGAAGGGGUGAUACAUUUCAGUAGCCUUCAUUUCAAUUCAAAUUUGCAACAGUGGGACCCACAAGAAACUGCAGCAGAACUUCCACUCUUGCAAUUACCUGUGAAUGCAACUGUCAUCUGGAUAUCAAACCAGGCCAGUAAACCUAUGUAACUUUAAAAAAAAUAAAUAAGUUAGGAAAAAAAGGUGAGGCUAUAGGACAAGUAAAAAGGUGAGAUUUGUUUAGGGUAAAUCUCUUUCUAUUCAGAAAUUAGCAUGAGAAAGGAAAAACAGGUAAAGAUUAUUAUAGUAACUGUAUGCCUCAGUCACUGGAGAAAGUGGAAAUUUAUUUUGCUCCAAGAAGAGCCUUUGAAGUCUGGUCACAUUUGGGGUAGCUAAUAAGUGGCUGUUAAAGUAUAUGGGUCUAAAAUUGGUGAACCAAGCACAGACUGUUCAUUGUUUCAUUGCUCUUGUGGAGUAUUGCUUGAAGAGAAAUGGCACUGUCAAACUGCCCUUUCUACGAAACUACCCUGGCUGCCUCUUCAGCUAUACCUACAGCCGAUCAUUUUUCCACAAGUCUAAUUCCCCCUAAGGGCAACUGGGAAGUUUUGUUUUGCUGUUUCCUAUGAAGGUGGGGGGAACACACCACAUAGCAAAUACCAGCAUGUGCCAAUACCCAACAUUCAGCUAAACAGAAUAAAGUGGUCCAGUUUAAACAACACUGCAGCAAAGGUAAUUUAUGCUUCUACUGGAAAUUUAUGUGUUUGCUUAUGUAGAGCUGCUAUAGCCAGGAAUACCCUUAUCACCUUUGUUAAGCUUAGCCUUUUGCUCCACAUCAAGCUGAAUGAAGAUGGAAAAUAGACUGAAAGAAAUGUACGUUUCCAUUUUCUCUCCCAUUUCUUGACUGCUGUUGUAAAUAGAAAGGGACCCAUCCUCAGGGAGGUCCAUCCCCCUCUGUGCCGCACUCCAAUAGGGACUGCUGCAACAUGCUGAUAUUAUGAAGGGGGAGGAGAAGGGGAAGGAUUGACUAUUGUAUUGUCAAAUACCUAUGUGAUGCUGUUCACAUUAGACAUAGCAGUUACCUCGCUGCACAAGUUACGUCACAGCCCCAGGAUAUUCCAUCUCAUACUCCCAUACUGCAUAAUUUGAUGACUGGAAGUUGAGAUAAUUUGUUUAACAUAAGCUGAUUUUAAUCUUGAGUGACCCCUUAAUAAUGUUUGCCCAAGACUUUUAGAAUGUGCACACCAACUAAAUAUACAGCUUCAGUCCCUUCUCCAAAAGCAUCCUUAAAGUAACAUCUCUUUAUAUCAAGCCUCGAUUUUGCACCACUAACUGCUUUCAGCAUUUUAAAUCUAGAAAAAGAGGGAGCCAGAAGGCUUCACUGAACAGCUGUCACCCAAGCUGAUGUGCUUAUAAAGAGCCUGCCUUUAUCCUCCUGUUUUUUGCCCUCAUUGGUCACUUCUCAUUUGUCACCUGCUGGACUUACUUGUGCAGGGAAUAUUUGUCCCGUAACUUUCCUCUAGCAUCAGUCACAGUUUCCCUUUCAUAACUCCCAUUUGCUAAACCAUUUCAAGAACAUAAUUCCUUAAAAACAACACUUUGUCACCUGCCUUGACUUUGUAAAUGAGUGAUUUAACAGUUUUAUCAACUGCCAGUUUUUCCCUAACAAUUUUAAUACUUCCCUAGGGACAAGUGAGAUUAGCCCUUCGUAUAUAGUUUGAUUUCUGUUGCCAUGUCUUUCUUACACAUCUUUAGGUAAAGUAAAAGGGUGGUUAUAUUUGUGUUAACAAAGUUUUCAUUGGGCAUCUAUACGUUUCUACUUUUAAAGCAGUACAUUAAUUAGACAAUAACAUAAAUCAUAAUUAAUAACAUGGCAGGGAGGUUGGAACUAGAUGAUCUUUAAGGUCCCUUCCAACUCUAACUAUUCUAUGAUUCUAUGAUUAUAUAUGGAAAGCACCCAUAUGUGUUAUUAUACAUGCAUUGAAUGGAUGCAGAUAGUAUUGUUCUAACCUAAAGCAAACCCUUUAAUUGGAGAAAUAGAUAGCAAUACCAGUGGAAUCACUCAAGACUUUGGAAUUUGGCCUAGUAUCUAGGAAAUGCUAUGGGUAUGUGUUGCAAUAUGAAAAUCCUCUGUAAAACAGAAAGAAAAGCUCUAGGAGUGACGAUACCACCGCUUCCUUAAGCCCAUGAACACAGCAUAACCUAGCAUUACUUGAUUAUCCACUGUCUUGACCCAAAAUAUAACUUCAUUUCAACUUUUAACACUGCAACUACCGUAGUGGAAAUGAGUAGGAGUAAAGUUGAGGUAUUUUAGACUUACCUUAUUUUAAACUUUGCCCUUCCAAUUAUGCACUAAGUGCCCAUUGUCAUCCCUAGUGCCUCUGCUCGUUAACACCCCUCCAUAAGACCUCACAAGUAAUUCCAGAAAUGCAGUUUUAAAGUGUGGGGGUGGAGGAAUCUUUGAAGCAGCAGGCUUCACAUAAGCAAAAUUUAGAAUGUGCAGGUCUUCCUUUCCUUUAUAUGUGAAAUGGUAAGCAGGUGAGGAGAGCAGCCGCUUCAGGAACCAUUAUUCUGAGCUGCAGAAACUUUCUGAUGCAUCUCUCUAGCAAAGGAAUGAAUUUAAAAAAAUGGAGUUUAUCAGAUUCUCCACUACUUUUUUUGCUAGUUUAGCUAUAGACAUCAGCAAGCCCCAAAGAAGCACAACACUAAGCACAUGAUGUCACUACUUUAUAGCCUUUUUCAGUCUGUUUCAUGCAUACUUUGGGCUUAAGACUGGCUGGUAAUUUUCAUCUGAACUGAUUGGGAAAAAAAAAAUGCAAACACUAGAUGUGGCAGUUUGGCAUCCUUCUCAGGUACAAGAGCUGCACCUCUGCUGCCUUUGUCUAGCUCACACCACCCUUCUUAGGGUCACCACAGCAAUCGAAGGCAACAAUAUCACAUUUUAAAAUCUUGUAGGCAACCAUUAAUGGAGAAAGAUGCUGUUGGCCAGCAUCAGCUACCUUUUAUUGCACAUGGAAUAGUUCAUCACCAUGCAAAGCUGGGAAAAAAAAAAAAGCAGUGCACUCAUCAGGAAAGUGCUACUUUUCUUGUAUCGUAGAGCCAGGGUUUGACCCCCACUGGUAUAUUCUCAGGCCAUUCCAUAUGUUUGCACUUAAUAUUCUGUAGUGUGAAUAUCCGCAGAUAUAUAUGAGACAAUUGGAAUGUUUAUGUGUAGAUUCCUGUUGCUCCAGUCAGUGUCAUACUCUGAACAUUCUGCACAUUUGCAGAGCGAUAUCCACAUUAAUGAUAAGUUUAUCAUGUUCUCUGACUAUUUGUGUCUCAUCAGCAAUGGUUAAUGCAGUUGUUCUGGUAAUAUCCCCACAGUAGUCUUUUCUGAGCAUUCAGCAGCCAUAGUAUUACCAUCACAUCUCAGUUAACAGGCUUUCAUCUCUCUAAAUAAGAUAUUGAUUUAAUACUCUCCUAGGGAUAAACACUCAUGUGAGAGUAACAACUAGCUUAAUUUAACAUCUAGAAAGAAUUAUUAGGGAAGGAUUUAUGUAGACCUGGGCAAAACUUUCCUGUAAAACUCCAAGCACAGGCAACACAACUUUUGCCUCAUUACAGAUAAAAGUCCUCUGAAUUAUCACUGGCUAAUGUCAAGGCCAAGAAGAAUUUACACCUGUGAUUUCUAAGGUAACUUGUCUUUCAAUUUUACCUUCAAGUUUUGUCUAAAACCCAAACCUGACUGUAAAAUUCACCAACAAAACCUCGCCUGCCAAAGACAGAACCUCCAAAUCUGAAUACGGUGUGUUACCAUACGUAAUCUCCAUCUGCACUUGAUAAAGUAGCAGCUCAGUGUUGGUAUCUCCACUGCAGAGCUCAGCACAGCACCAGUAUGAGACCAUAUGGCAAACGAUUUAGCAAGUAGAGAAGUCCAGCUCUGUGUGCUGCCUGCACUUUGUUCCUCUCUCCACAGUUUAGGCCCACUCUCAAAGUGCCUGAGGUGUUGAAAUCAAUGCAAGUUACGUUAAUGGGAUAUCUUUAAUACUCAGGACUCAGUCCUUGAAUCCUUCAAUCCCUACACACAGGUUCACAUGUUCUCAGGAAAAGGGAAGUCCUGUAGAGUUCCUGAUGUCACCCUCUCUGCUGCUGUCCUCUAUAUACCUCCUGCUUGAAAAAUCCACAAGAACCAGCAUAUAUUCCCAUGCAUCCCAGUGCCCCAAAACUAGUACCUUCACUUUUGCACAGAUCCAGUUUUAACAUGCAAGAGGCUGACCAUAGCAAGCCAAAGUAAUUUAUUUCUACCUAGCUCAUCUGUGUAGAACCUUAUUCAGAAAUUGAGCACGUGGUUGGAUAUUUUCACCUUUAACAAUCCAUUCUAGAAAUGUCAUUACUCAGUGAUAAAUUGUUUUUAAUUUGAAAAAAACCCAAAACAUUUAAGUGCUUUGUUUCCUUGCCCUGGCUUUUGGGGAUGUGUGCUAAGAUUAUCCUUUACCAAGCUAUUUACUCAUUAAUCUACUAUAGUAAUUUCUGGGAAGAUUGAUGUACAGUGCUAAUCAUGGCAUAUGACCAAAAAUAUGGUUGGGGUUUUUGUCAAUAUCUGAUCAUUCCACAAUCGUUUGAAGAAACAAUAGAAUGGCAACACCUUAAAAAAAAAAGUGAAUUCUUUUCUUUUUUAGCAUAAGGACCAAGCUACCGUAGCACAGAAGCACAAAUGUGGGAUUUUAUGCAAUGUAGGUAACAGCAUCUGGCAGCUAGAGAUCUGUUUUCACUGCACCUCCCUAUUUUGAGUAGAGCUUCUGUAGGGAUAUGACUUAAGAGUCUCUUAGCAGCCCUCACCAGCAACACGCCUGGGACUCCAGGAAGUUGUACAGCUGCAAGGAAGAAGUCGUAGCUCCUCUUUCUGUUGUUUCCACUAAUCCCCCUCAGGAUGUAUACUUUAUGUGUUACACUAACUGUAUGAUACCAUACUAAACAAACAUUUUUGACCAAACAUGGAGUGCUAGCUAGCUAAGAACAAAAAAUACAAAAGCACAUGGUGUAAGUAUACAUCGGUCUUUUUUACUUAGUGCUCAGAGAUCUCCAAGCUAAAAAUAAAAAGUAGAGGAAAGAAACAUCCUAAUUCUGUGGAUAUCAGUGGAGCUACAUUGAAUGAUCCUGAAUUAAUGCAAUAAUGAGCUUGCCUGUAGGACCAGAUCCCUUAAAUUCUCUUUAUUUUUGUCAAAUUCACAAGUUGAAGGAUUUCGUGAUCUCCAUUGCCACACUGAAUCAGGGAACUGAGUUUAUGGAAGACAUUUUUCGUUAAGAAACAUGGCAAAGGGAUCUAUUUCAAUCCUUUUACGCCAACAUCCCAUUUACCAAGAGGAAGUUAUGUGCUUCCAUAUAUAUCAUCUAAAUACCAGGGAGCACCAGAGGCUUGCUUCCUAUCCAUGCAUUUGGUUCAUCUGGGCUGCAGUGAAGUGUCAUGCUUCCACAAGAAGCAUGCUGAAAUGAGAGAGCUGAGCUGGCAGAGAGGCACAGGCACUCAGGUUUCAGUUAGGGACAGGUAUCACCUCCACAAGUAGGCUGUGGCUCCUGAGCCCCCAGCUCUGCAGACAAAAGCAGGAUUCAAUACCAAAGGGAGAACAGGCAGGAAGGGCAGAGCUCAGCGGUGACAGAGCUCUGUACUGCACAAUGUUUGCUGAGGCAGAUGGGAGCAGGAGAUUGAAUAGUAAGCAAAGCAGCAAGCACCUUUUUUUUUUUCAGUUCCCUCCACUUUCUCUUCCCUCCUCCCCGUUGUCAUUAUUUGUGAGACUGCAAACCAUGGGCCCUUCAGGAAGAACUGAAAAUUGAAAUUAAGCCAAAGGGAGUGAACACUCCGUUUUGCCAAAGAUCUAAGUCUUUCCUCUUUGAGAAUUAAAAUAAAUAAAUAAAUAAAUAAAUAAAUCAAAUUUUAUUUCCAUGAUGAUGGCUGCCAUAGGAAGCAUUUUACCACAAAACUUGAUUCCCAGGACUUCAUCUCUCUAGCUGUGUAUUCAGGAGGAGCCACUAAUACUUUUUGAGAGAAACUGUAAAUCACCUUGUUAAGUGAGUGCUUACUUUGGGUUUACCUUCUGCUGAGUUCAUACCUAGCUGAAUCCAUGUUUCCUCCCUCUGCCUUUCUGCUCUUCUUUAGAAAAACACCUCCCCAUGUCUGCCACGUCCUGUUGUACUGCUAGCUUUGUUUGGUCCUUGGGUGUCCAGUGGUCAGGCAGUCACUGUAAGCUGGCUUGAAAAUUGUAUUUUGUGUAUAUUUUAUUCUGACUGAAUUCUGAAAUGGAAAUAUUUUAAAACAAAAAUUAUAAACUAUUUAUGUUGCUUGUGUUGUAGAAUAAAGAU